AUGCCGCCAUAUUUGAAAGUAUACGAUGGCACCACGGAACCAAAAGAUCAUCUAAUCCACUAUGUCAACGCGGUAAAAGGCAACGAUCUGUCAAAAGAACAAGUUCCCUCGGUGUUGUUGAAAAAAUUCGGCGAAACUCUGACAGGGGGAGCGCUGACAUGGUAUUCCCAACUGCCAGCGCGGUCAAUAUCGACAUUCGAAGAAAUGGCAGAUAAGUUCGUUACCGCUCACGCGAGAGCGAAAAAGGCAGAAGCCAGGGUAAAUGACAUCUUCGCCGUUAGGCAAACUACGGGCGAAGGACUUCGGGACUUCCUAGCCCGAUUCAACAGGGUAAGAAUGAGCCUACCAAACGUCUCGGAGGGAAUGGCGAUAGCAGCCUUCCAAAAUGGGUUAAAUAGAAGCAGGUCUAAAGCGACCAAGAAAUUGCUAAGCAGACUCAUGAAAUACCCUCCUACCACGUGGGAAGAGAUCCAUAAUGCCUAUUGUGCUGAAGUAAGGGCAGAUGAUGACGAUUUAAAUGGCCCGCUCCAACGACUGAUGUCGGUCCAGACUGAAAUAAAGAGAGAACGCCGCAACGAUGGUCGAAGGGAUCAACCACCUCGUUUCAAUCGAGAAAGGCACCAGCCCUACAUCCGGCCUCCUCCACGAAAUAGUGUACGCACUGGAAAAGCUCGGUACAAAGGUGUAGUGGCCGCAAAAGAUGAAGAAAGGGGACACAAAACUGAAGACUGCAUAGGUCUUCGACAAGAAGUGGUGAGAAUGCUAAACCAAGGACACUUGAAAGAAUUGCUGAGCAAUCGAGGACGUGUUAACUUCGCUCGUAGACGUGAUCAGCCUCAAGGACCACCAAAACCACCUUCACCAGCCCGUACCAUACAAAUGAUCAUUGGCGGUGGCGACGAUACAGUAAUCAACCACGUGAAAUUUACCACCACACACAAACUCAAGCGGACAGUCGCCAAUGAACGGUAUAAUGACCUCGAAGAUAAUAUCAUCUUUGAUAAGCCGGAUACCAACGGUUUGUCUUUCCCUCACUAUGAUGCUUUAGUUAUAACUCUACGUAUUGCUGAUAACGAUGACUCAGAACUCUCUUGCUGUAGUGACCUGAUAGUGAGUGAUUUGGAGGAAGACUCUAAGAGCUUGGAGUGA